AUGGAGUCAAAGAACAUUGAUAUCCUCGCUGCCGGCAAUAUGCACGAACUUUUUCGUCGUGGAUUGCCCAAUGACCGCAAUAUGUUGUCAGCAAGUGCAUUGGUAUCACCAGCACAUUAUCAAAUGGUUAUAAAAGCUCAUGAAGAUUUUCUUAAAGCUGGUGCGACAAUGAUCGUGACUAAUAACUAUUACGUGACACCUGGGGUGGGGUUUAAUCCUGAUGAAAUUCGUGAAUACUCGCAGACGGCAGGUCAAUUGGCAGCUGAUGCUCGAGGAAGAUCGAACCGAAAGGAAGAUAUUAAGAUUUUUGGAUCGUUGCCGCCACUCAUGCACAGUCUUCGAUCGGACCGUACAAUUGAACGUCAAAAAGGAUUGGACACGUACUUGUUGAUUGGAGAGGCUUUGCUACCAUCAGUUGAUGUGUUUCUUGCCGAGACAAUGUCGUCGCUUGCUGAAGCCAAGAUGGCGUUUGAAGGUGUCCAGCCGCUGCAGAAGCCCGUGAUGGUGUCUUAUGCGCUAAAUAGUACGGGUCAAUUGCGCAGCGGUGAAGAAGUACUUGACAGUGUGCGGAGUCUAAUUGAGUUCUGUACGACUCGUAUUGAGCUACUGCCAGGUGAACCUGAAGGAAAGAACAACCUUUUGUGCGGCAUCUUGUUCAACUGCUCACAACCAGAAGAUAUUGCUAAGGCGAUCAAGCAGCUAAAGGAGGAUGAAGAUGUAACGAACUUGCUGAAGAAGCACGAAAUUCGCAUUGGUGGCUACGGUGACCACAUCUCGCCAAUGUCCAAGGCUGGUGUCAUGGAAGAGUCACUUGUGUCGGGUGCGUUGCAAUCUGUCAUGGAUAUGGAAGUCUACAGCAAGUUUGCGAUGCGCUGGAUUGAAGAUGGCGCUAGUAUUGUCGGUGGCUGCUGCAAUAUAGCACCCGAAUACAUUCAGCAUAUUGCAGAGGACAUUUCAAAGUAA